GGGCGUCUGAGGCUGGAAACGGGAGGAUCUGAUUGAAGGACAAAAAGGAAAAAAAAACAGCCACGUACAAACUAGAUCUCUUCAUCAAAGUCUAGCCUUUAACAUGGAGAAGAGGACGUCUGUCAUAGCUUUUUUCUGUGUCGUGUGGUCAGCUGUUGCUGCCAUCCAGGUUGACAUCCCCCAAGAUCAGUAUGAGUUCGCCAGAGGGGACAACAUCACACUGCCCUGCAAAUUUCAAAGUGCUCUAAGCAGUCUAAAACUGGCCAUUAUCUCAUGGACUGCUGGUGAGACUGUGAUUCUCACCCACUAUCAUCCUGCUGGAGUCACAAACAUUAAUCCAAAGUACCAGGGUCGGGUAUCUGUGGACGUAAACAUUAAUGGUGGUACUGGGAAAGCUGACCUUAAACUGUCCUCCAUCACAAUGGCAGACAACAAUGAAAUUCGGUGUCUUGUCCUGAUCCCCAAUGACGAUGAGGGCAAACCGGCUGACGCAGCAACAUUGACUGUUCUAGUGGGUCCAUCUCCACCAAUCUGUAAGGUUCAAGGUAAAGCAGAGUACGGCCAAAACAUCAACCUCACCUGUUAUUCUGAGGAAGGGUCUCCUCCUCUCAGUUACAAGUGGGAAAGUCGUGAUGUGAAAAACACGCCACGUACACUGACCUCAGGCACUGACCAAGGAGGCAUCCUUUCUCUUUCUGACAUCUCCAAGGAGACCUCUGGGUUCUACAUCUGCACAUCAAGCAACAACAUCUCUUCAGCCACCUGCAACAUCUCUCUUGCAGUCAAUCCACCCAACAUGGACAUUGACUCCCCAGCAGGACAACGCUGAUGGGGCGAUGGAGGGUUCAAAUGCCGAAGGAGGAUAAGACUGAAGCCUCCAUUGAUCCAGCAGCGACAGUAAACCUGCAUCCUUCACCUGCUGAACAGCAUGUGGUCAUCAAAGAGCCCAGCUGGAGCUUUAAAGGCGUAGAUCAAUCCCUCAUGUUAAGAUUUCUGCAGAAAAUAAAGUAUCCAUGGAUGAGCCAUAGAUGCCUGAUGGGUGCAUCCAUCAAAUAAUCUGCCAUGGAGCUUAACAUUUUCUCAUAUACAGUUUAUUACGUGAUUAUCUGAAUUCGUAAUGCAUGUUUAAAAAGUGGUUCCUCGUUUUGAUCCUUUGUCUUUUUAUGAUAAAAGAAUCCAGUAAGUAGAAUC